GCGACCUGCGACACUAAAAUAAGGGCAGAAAAAAGAAACCAUUCACUCCACAGGCACCUCUGUCCUGACGUCACGUCCUGCUUCCUCUCUCGCUUCCAUCUUGCUCCCGCAUGUGUCUGCUGUUAGUUUACAGAUGAAAGAAACAAUUAUGAAUCAAGAAAAACUUGCUAAACUACAAGCGCAAGUUCGCAUCGGUGGAAAGGGGAGCGCUCGCAGAAAGAAGAAGGUUGUGCACAGAACGGCGACUGCAGAUGACAAAAAGCUUCAGUUUUCCUUAAAGAAACUUGGUGUAAACAACAUCUCUGGUAUUGAAGAGGUUAACAUGUUCACAAAUCAAGGAACAGUCAUCCAUUUCAACAAUCCCAAAGUGCAGGCCUCCCUCGCUGCCAACACCUUCACCAUCACCGGUCAUGCUGAGACCAAGCAGCUGACGGAGAUGCUGCCCGGCAUCCUGAACCAGCUGGGAGCCGACAGCCUGACGAGCCUGAGGAGACUCGCCGAGGCUCUCCCUAAACAGGCUGCAGAUGGAAAAGCGCAGAUUGCUGCAGUGGAAGAGGAAGACGAUGAUGUUCCAGACCUGGUGGAGAAUUUCGACGAAGCAUCCAAGGAUGAGGCCAACUAGAGGAAACGGAGAUGUGAGGGCGUGACUGGACUGUGUGGGGCACAAAAUGUUUUCCAUUUGAAGAAGUGGAGAGUUUAGUUGAAACACCUGAGAAAAUAAAUAAUACGACUUUUGGCGUCGAGCAUCCCGUAAUACAUGAAACACCUGAUGAAAUUGUCUGCUUUUGGGGAGUCAUCUUGUAGAAUAGUACCCUGUUGAUGAAAUCUGAGGUUGCUGUAUUUAAAGGUAAGGAGCAGCAAAUGCUUGUUUUGCGCUGUGGUCUUCGUGUCCUGUUAAAGUGAGAGAUUGUACGUAAAAUGUGAUGUUCAGCUGUACAUCUGUUUCUUCUGUUACUGAAUCUCAACUCCAUGGCCUCCCUAAAACCACUGUGUCUGGAAUAAACCUUUGCUACUGUCAAAAACA